AUGCCCACCAAGGCAGAGCAGAAGCGCUCGACCCAGGCUGCUGCCGCAUUCAACAACUAUUACGCUUCGAUAUGGGGGGAGGAGCGGUGGCAGCAGACGCUCCUUCCGGCACUACUGGCUCCCACACGACAUGCUGCUCUCAUAAACACUUUUGCACCUGAUGAGGCCAUUGCAACUGAGCUCGAGUCGCUUGCUGUCGACAACUCGACACGGCUUCCCUGCCUACAAGGAGAGAAAGAUACCUUCCCACCUCCAAGGAAGACCCCUUCUGGUCUGCUUAGUCACUACAACCUGGACGCGGCCUCGGUGCUCGCUGCAGAGCUCCUGGAUGUUCGCGCCGAGCAUCAUGUCCUUGACCUGUGUGCCGCGCCCGGUGGCAAAUCUAUAGUGAUUGCUCAGCAUCGCCCUGCAACCCUGCAUAGCAAUGAGCUCGAUACGUCUCGCAAUAAGCGGCUUGCUGCCAAUCUCAAAUCAUAUCUUCCCGCUGACUUCAAUUUGAAGGUUUUGAAACUUGACGGAACCGACAAACGUGCAGUAUUCCCUUUGAAUGAGUACGAUCGCAUUCUUCUCGAUGCACCAUGCUCAUCGGAAAGACAUGUGUUGCACAAAUACGCCGGGAAUCCGGUGGCCGAGGAGAUGAUGAACUGGAAAGCGUCCCACACAAAGACCUUGGCCAGAACCCAAGUUUCUCUGCUUAUGAGGGCUCUCAGGCUGGUCAAGGUCGGCGGUCGAGUGGUCUACGCUACCUGUUCGCUCUCGACCGAAGAAAAUGAUGGCGUGAUAGAGCGAUGUCGCCAGAAGUAUGAAUUCGAAAUCGUGGACGAUGAUGUCCUUGAUAACCUAAGCGAGAAGACGAGAUACGGGCGGAUCGUGCUUCCGGAUCAUGGCAGCGGUGGUAGAUGGGGACCGUUGUAUUUCUGUGUUCUCAUCAAACAUCAAAGCCGCUAA